CUCUCGCUCUCUCUUUGUCUCUGCGCUAACCGCUCUUUAUAGCACAGCCACACCUUUUAAGCUUUCGGUUUCUCUUUCGAGAUCGAGCUUGUUAAGGACGGGCGGGCUGUACCCUUUUCGUCUUCUUCCUUUUUCCCUUCCGGGCUUCCCCCAAAUCGAUUCGGGAUCCCCGCAAUCGAAGCGAUCCUUGGGCAAGAAGAAAUGGCGGCCAGCAUCGGGAUGAUGGACGCGGCGUACUUCGUGGGGAGGAGUGAGAUUUUGGCUUGGGUUAACUCCACCCUUCAGCUCAAUCUCUCCAAAAUCGAGGAGGCUGCAUCUGGUGCUGUUCAGUGUCAGAUGAUGGAUGUGACCCAUCCAGGAGUGGUUCCAAUGCACAAGGUGAAUUUUGACGCAAAAUCAGAAUAUGACAUGAUACAAAAUUACAAAAUUCUGCAGGACGUGUUUAAUAAGUUGAAGAUUGAUAAGCAUAUUGAAGUCAACAAACUUGUUAAAGGGCGACCUUUGGACAAUUUGGAGUUUUUACAAUGGCUCAAACGUUAUUGUGAUUCUAUAAAUGGUGGCAUUAUGAAUGAGAAUUAUGAUCCACUGGAGCGAAGAUGUAAAGGUGGAAAAGAAAAGAAUCCAAAGGGUGCUCUUAGGUCUUCAAAAUCCUUGCAAGCUAACAGCUUGUCUCAUUCUGUUUCUGGCUAUGGGACAGGCAUUAAUAAAAUUACUGGAAUUAAACAAGGACAAAAAUAUGACUUCUUGAGUGGCACUGAUUCUUCUGGGGAAAUUCAAGCAUUGUCCAAGGAGAUCAUGGAUCUCAAGCUUUCUGUGGACCAUUUGGAGAAAGAGAGAGAUUUCUACUUCGCAAAAUUACGUGAUAUUGAAAUCCUUUGUCAAACACCUGAGUUGGAAACUCUUCCUGUAAGAACCUCAGCUAUGGAAAUUUCAUUGUGUCUAAUGACUCUAAUUCUACCAUCAAUUCAUAUAACAAGUUUAUACCAUUAUUAUUAUUAUUAUUAUUAUUAUUAUUUUUUGUCCAUCCCAUUAAAACAUAUGAAUCGUUUGUACCUGUGCUAAUAAGUGCCAAAGUAGUUGGCGAAUUGUGGCAGAUCUUGUUUGCAUGUUAGGUUAUUUUGUCUUGGUGCAGGGAGGGAGCUAUUAAUAGGUCUUCAUAUUGAUGAAUACAAUUUGGUAUAUAAUCUCGAUCUUUCUUUCUUCUUGUUAAGAUGUUUAAUAUUAUCAUUGUUAUGAUACUUAUGAAGAUUUGAACCUGAAAACACACUUCAGAAUUUUGGAGACAGAAAAUUAAGAAGCUUGAGUGUUUGGAUAUUCUUGGUACAACAUGGAAGCAUUUUACUUAUUUAAAAAAGCCAAUUCAAUUGCAUAUAAUUUUUUUUUUUUUUUUGGGGGUGGGGUUGGGUUUGGUGUUUCCAAUAUUGUUGAUAUUGGUCAGAGUCCCUGCAGUGACGGCAAUGACAGCAAGAGUGGCCAUGGUGUGGUGUUGGUAGGUGAUACUAGUAAUGAGGUGGUGGUGGUUCUCAUAAUUGUGCAAAAAUAUACCUCUCAAGUCUUUUAAGUAGAAUGCAGUUUCUGGUAGUGACUUAAUGGAGAGAGCAUGGGUCUUAUUGUGUAGUUGUAGUUGUAGUUUUAUUUUUUUGGUGUAUGUGUCUUUGCCCUUCUAUUUUCUGUAUGUUAUGGUUGCCUUGUACAUUACUGAAAAAUGAUUUCUAUUGUCUUAUUUCCUUGCAGUUAGCUGCGGCAGUGAAGAAAAUAUUAUAUGCUGUGGAUGUGAAAGUAUCAGCUCUUGGAGAAGCUCAAGAAAUUAUAAGUGAAUCCAUAAGAACCGCAGAUUAGAAGUCCAUUGCUGUCGAAUGAAUUGAGAGCACUGGCUCUUUAAUGAGACAUCAUUAACUAACACUGCAAACUUGGCUCCUUCAAAUAUCUUCUUUAUCUAGGAUGGGCACUUGCCAUUUGAAUUUAGAGCCAGUGACAGAAUGUCAUAAAAUUCAUUCUUCAAAAACGAUUAGUUGCCAGGAUUUGCCUUUUCUUUGAAAUUUAGUUUCUGUUCUUCCCUUCGUCAUAACUAACUUGUGGCUGCGGAAUGACAAGUUUAUGAUCCCUUUCUCCUCCUCCCUCUCUCUAUAGGGGCGAGGAGGUGACAUUGUUGAGUUGGCUUUGCCGGUUCUGGACUCUGGGAACCCCUUGUUCCAGAUCCUGGGUGACGUGGAAAUAAAGCAUGUUUCAAUAUCUAUGCCAUUUUUUGAGGCCCCAAUUCAUGAUAAUCACUAGUUUCUUGUUGAAGUUAAGGUGGAAUCUAUCAUUUCUUAUACAAGCAAACUUUUAUGACUAUGCCUUUGGGUGCUUUGGAAUUGAUGGAACUAGCCCUGAGGAGGAUGCUCGACAACUCCAAGUCAUCUUUCCCUUAAAAAACCAUGCCUUUUAACAGCCCCCGAGGUACAGAAUUUUCUGUUUUAGUGGCAUAGUCAGUUAAUUACCGAGCUUUCUUUUGUAUUUUCUGCCAUCUCUAUGAAUUGGUGAUAGGAACAAGUACCUUCUUCAAGAUAUCACUUGCCUUGUGCUGUCUGGGCUAACUAUGGGCAGGUGCUGUUCUCCUUGUGAUCCUUUCUCCACAGAUGGUUUGGCACGGUGGCGUUAGGCACCAGUGGAACAAUGAUGCUAUUCAGUAUUGGAAAUUGAAAUGCCAGUGAUUGUUGCUAUGAACUUUCUUUUGAUGUCUUUUAUUUAGUUUAGAAUGUUGUAAUGAGGUGUGUUUGGACUCUGGCCUAGUUGGCCCUCUCGUAAGUUAUUAAUUAUAUGCUGAAACAACUUCAAA